GUGUAAGGACACGUUGAGCUUUCGCAGUCAUCCAUGUUAGAUCCUUAAGAAUCUGUACUAUAUUACCAGCUGGCUGGUUCUGCCUCGCCUCUGUGCCCAUAAUUAAGAUGCCUCCAAACUGAUUUUCCUGCUACAAAAUACUCCACACAGAACGGAAAUAUUCAACUCGCGGAAUGCAGUAUCCGAGCAUCAACUCACUGCUACUAUGGCUUCUAUGCUUUGCUCCCCCAGUGCAGUCGCUGACACUCUUCGCCAACCGUCUCACCUCCUCUCGCCGUGUUUCCCCGAUUCCACAGCUGAAAUGCGUGGGACCGUCAAAGACCAUCUGUGACAAGUACAAGAUAGAGACUACGCGAUGCACGAAUGCUGGAUACGAUUACGACGAAGAAGAUGUCCAGUGGACUUGCACUGCACCACUUCCAGAGGAGUUCAUGUUGGGCGCAACAGAUGUGAUCUGCGAGGGAUACCGAAAUGCUGACGACAAGUGGGUGUUGAAGGGCAGCUGUGGUGUCGAGUACCGGCUACUGUUGACGGAGCGCGGGGAGAGGCGAUUUGGUAAAAUACAAGAGGAUGACAUGCAGUCCAUCCCGCGCGUGACAAAAGGAUGGCGCCGAGGCGUGGACGCUCUAGUCGACCUGAUUUUCUUAGGGUUCUGGGCUGCGGUUCUAGUUAUGAUUUUGUGGCCUAUGGUCCGCUCCUGUUUUGAGCUGCGAGGUCGUCGAAGAAGGACCAAUGUUGGACGAGGAGGUGGUGGUGGUGGAGGAGGAGCAGGAGGAGGAAAUGACUAUGGGCCUUAUCCUGGGCCACCUCCUCCAUACAGCAGCUUUCCAGAUAGUAGUUCAUGUUCUUCGCAGCCAGGGUGGAGACCGGGCUUUUGGACCGGUGCUGCGACUGGUGGCAUGGCUGGCUACGAGAUGGGUAGGAGAAGCAAUCGGCAUAGCGACAGACCGUCAUCUUCUAGAAGAUGGGAUGACCACGAGCCUUGGAGAGAAAGCAGCACACGGCCGCGUUCCCCUCCUCGGUUAUCGGCUACCACAGAGAGUACGGGAUUCGGCUCAACAAGACGAAGAUAAUGCUUGAAUCGCGGACAUUAGAAUUGAUUUGUUCGCCCCUAAUACCGCUGUCAUAACCUACCUAGAC